AUGCUUAAAGCAUUCACGGCUCAGCCCAUUAUUGAGCUGAAACAAAGAGACAAAUCCAGGAUAGAGUCAAUCCUCUCACACAGCGAUCAAUUACUCGUCGGCCUAAACACAGGCUCCCUUCGUAUCUAUCGCGUCAAAAACCCUCCACCCGACCAUGACGAGGACAAUUCCAGCGAGUCCAGCUCUGCUGCAGCACACACCGACGACCGUCCUUAUACGUUGAAAUCCUCCGAACUCCUCCGAGAAUACGAAAAGUUCUCGAAGUACAAGAUAGAACAACUUGCUAUCUUCCGAGAGGCAAACAUUCUUCUGUCAUUGAGUAAUGGGCUGGUCUCAAUACACGAUUUGGGCACCUUCGAGUUGCAGGAACAAUUGACAAGCACAAAAGGUGCAACGCUCUUCGCAGCUACAAGCAAUAUCGUAAAGGACACUACAACGGGCGUGCCCACAUUGGUGAGUAAACUGGCUGUUGCUGUGAAGCGGAGACUGCUCCUGUGGUCAUGGCAUGAUGGAGAGCUCGACGGUGAUGCUGUUGAGAUAGCUCUGUCUCACAGCAUCAAGUCGUUGACGUGGGCCUCCGGGACGAAGAUUGUUGCAGGGUUGACUACGCACUACAUCCUACUGCAUACAGAUUCUCGAGACAUCAUAACAAUUGUGGGGCCUGGGAGCAUUGGAGGUGGUCCGGGACAAGAGGCAAGUAGGCUGGGAGGCCCAAUGAGCUAUAUCGGAAUGGGAGGCAUGCUUCCUACGCCUUUAGCGACAGGGCUGGGAAACAAUGAGAUGUUGUUGGCCCGAGAUAUCAAUACACACUUCAUCGACCGAGAUGGUGAGCCCAUCGGCAGGCGACAGAUACCAUGGCGAAGCCCUCCACAAGCUGUGGGAUACUCCUACCCGUACCUCCUAGCUUUGCAAGAAGCAAGCAAAGGAUCUCUUGAGGUACGCAACCCAGAGACUCUUACAUUGCUUCAGACUAUAGAUCUGCCUGGUGCUGUACUGCUCCAGGUACCAAAUCCCAACAUCAGUCUGGCGCACCAAGGGAAGGGAUUUCUGGUCGCAAGUGAACGCACUGUGUGGAGAAUGCAAGGUCUGAACUAUGACUCUCAGAUCGAUUCAUUAAUCGAUAGUGGGGCUCUUGACGAAGCCAUCAGUCUCUCAGAGAUGAUCGAGGAGACUCUCAUCAAGAACAAAGCUGCACGCCUACGGGAGGCCAAAAUGCAAAAAGCACAGCGCUUGUUUGACGAAAAGAAGUUCAGGGACGCUCUGGAUUUGUUUGGCGAAGUCUCUGCACCACCGGAAAGGGUCAUUAGGCUCUAUCCUCCGCUCAUAGCUGGCGAAUUGGCACAGCCUAAUGGUAAAACGGGAUCACUCGACUCGCCCAAAGACGAUUGCACCAACCUGAAGUCAACAAAAAGUGAGUCCAUUGCUAGUCCAUUGAAGAAAUCUAAAACUACGACGUCUGAGGCGGACAAAGAGAGUAUCAGAAGUGCGAGAACCGUGGACCAUGCAAGCAACGACGCAUUAUCUGAAAAAGAACUCAAGAACGCAGUUCGUGAACUUCAAGCCUUCCUUGCCGACGUCCGUCGGAGGCUACAGAGGUUUUUCAAUCCGGAUCAAACAAUCCGCACACUUUCUGAAGUGCAAGGCAGUAUGCAAGCUGAAGAUAUUCAACGGGUCACCAACCACCUCCUCGGUAUCACCACCCUGGAUGAUGAUGGUUUUGCGCAGAAGCUCUUGGGUGUCGCUACGUUGGUGGACACGACACUUUUCAGGGCACAUAUGUAUGCCACGCCAUCACUUGCAGGUUCCCUUUUCCGUAUCAAGAAUUUCUGCGACCCGGACGUUGUAAUGGCUAAGCUUGAGGAGACAGAGCGAUACAAUGACCUUAUAGAGUUUCUGUAUGGCAAGGGGCUCCAUCGGCAGGCGCUGGAAAGACUUCAGAAAUUUGGGAAGGCAGAACAUACGGAGGACAUCGACCCCCAAUUACACGGACCUGGAAGAACAGUGUCCUAUUUGCAAAAUCUCGGACCUUCAUUCAUCGACUUGAUUCUGGAGUUUGCACGGUGGCCACUAGAGACAGAGCCCCAGGCGGCAAUGGAGAUAUUUGUUGCCGACACUGAGAAUGCAGAAUCGUUACCACGCCACAGAGUCCUUGCUUUCCUUGAGUCUAUUGACAAAGGAUUAGCACGAGCAUAUCUCGAGCACGUAGUGGAUGAACUGAACGAUCUGACACCUGAUCUUCAUCAACGUCUGGUCGCUCUGUAUCUGGAGGUAUUGGCAACAGCGCAGUCGACCAACCAGCAAGAAAUCCUUGACAGGUUGUUGACUUUACUCAAGACCUCGGACCAGUACUCUCCCGCAAAGACCUUAGGUUUGAUACCUAGAGACCAAGCACUGUUUUACGAACCACGGGCCAUUGUCUUCUACAAGAUGGGCAAUCAUAGGCAGGCCCUGGAAAUUUAUGUCUUCAAACUCCAUGAUCCGGCAAGGGCAGAAGAGUAUUGCAAUCAAGUUCAUCUCGAGGAGACUAUCAACGACGCGAGCAAGCCUCCGUCUCGCAGGAGAUCGACCACAGACCCCGUUGACGAACAACCGUCGGUCUAUCAUAUCCUCUUGAACCUCUACUUGAACCCCCCAAAAGGCGAGAAGGCCAUGUGGGGUCCGGCGAUUGAACUAAUGGCCCGUCAUGGUCCCAGAUUACCAGCGAGCUCGACACUUGAAAUGAUUCCCGAGGAUUUGUUCGUGAAAGAGCUGGAGUUUUACUUCCGUGGGAGGAUGCGCAACGCCAAUACUGUACUGAACGACUCGAUGAUUUCUGCUGGUCUUAGGAAGGCUGAGGCGGUCCGUGUGCAGGCUGCGCUUCUGCUCGGAGAAGGUGGUCAUACGGGAGGUAGAGGGAGGAAAGUCCGCAUCGACGAAGAUCGUGUCUGCGGAGUCUGCCACAAGCGACUUGGUGGCAGCGUCAUCAGCGCAUUUCCCGACAAUUCUGUUGUUCAUCUUGGUUGCGCAGUGCGCAAGCACACGGAGCUUGCAGGCAAAGGCCAGUACCGCUAA